AUGACCUCUCAUCCCGAAUUCGGCCAAACGACCACCGCGACAGAGGUCGCAAAGGCAUUUUCGAGUCAGAUUCGCAAUAAGAAUGUCGUCAUCACCGGCGUCGCGCCCAACUCCCUCGGGCAAGCCAUGGCCCUGGCCAUAGCGAGCCAGCACCCAGCCAAGCUGAUCCUCGCGUCGCGCACAAAGGAGAAACUAGAGCAGGUCGCGCAGGAGAUCUACAACGCCACGCCCAAGGCCAAAGAAGCGGGAACCAUCGAGAUUGUCGCGCUGGACCUCUCCUCCCAGCGCUCCGUCGAGCAGGCAGCCGCCCAGAUCGCCGCAACGGUCGACACGGUCGACGUGCUGAUCAACAACGCUGGCGUCAUGGUACUGACUCCGCAGCGGACCGCAGAGGGCAUCGAGCUGCAGUUCGGCACCAACUACCUCGGGCAUUUCCUCUUCACGCUGCUGCUGCUGCGGCAGUUGAGGAAUGCGGCUGCGAAGCCCGGCGUCGUGGGCGGCUCGACGCGCGUCGUCAAUGUCACCAGCGCCGGCCACCGCUUGUCGCCUAUCCGGUUCCAUGACUACAAUAUCGAGGGCAAGGAGGUGCCCCCUGAGGAGCAGCCUCCGCCAGGGAUCACGGCCGUGUACGGCAAGGCCGGGGAGUAUAAUGGCUGGUUGGCGUAUGGGCAGUCGAAGACGGCGAACAUUUUGUUUUCGGUGUAUCUGAGCCAGAAGUUGCGGGAGAAGGGGAUCGUGUCGUAUGCAACACAUCCGGGAUCUAUCUGGACAAACCUCAGCCGGCACCUCGACGACAAAGGCACCGAGAUCAUCGCCAAAACAGGGACAUACUGGAAGUCCCUCGACGAGGGGGCAGCGACGAUGCUGGUCGCGGCGUUUGAUCCUGCGUUGAACGGUACACCACCCACACCACACAUACAUAUAGACUGUACUGUACUGUACAUGCUGACUCCUGCAGAACCCCCCGACCCGUCAGACGUCUAUCUCAGCGACUGCCAGUUUGCCCAGGCCGCGUCGUUUGCACUGGACGUCCAUGCGGCGGAGAGGCUGUAUCGGUUGAGUGAGGAGUUGGUGAGGAGGACGUUUGACCUUGAGGGAUAG